GCGAUGCUGGGACUCCUCCUCGCUUUCCCCUACCUGCUGCUCCUCUCGCUCUUGGGCCCCAGCUCUGGCUCCGAUGACGAUGGCACCGUGGUGCUCACCACCAGUGGCCCCAUCCGGGGCAAGCUCCUCCAGGUCGGCUCCAGCACAGUGACGGCCUUCCUGGGCAUCCCCUACGCUGAGCCCCCCGUGGGAGCCUUGCGCUUUCAGAAGCCAAUACCCCACCAGCCCUGGGGCCAGAUCCUGGAGGCCACCAGCUUCAGCAAUGACUGCCUGCAGUCUCCACUUACUGGUUACCCUGAGGCAGAAACAUGGACACCCAAAAUGCCACAGUCCGAGGACUGCCUCUUCCUAAACAUCUGGGUGCCCCAUCCCCGGCCCAAUGAUAUGUUCCCCAUGAUUGUCUGGAUCCAUGGCGGGGGGUUCUUCUCAGGUGCAGCCUCCCUCGACGUCCAUGAUGGGCGCUUGUUAGCCGCCACCGGAAACAUGAUCGUGGCCUCCAUGAACUACCAGCUGGGGGCACUGGGCUUCCUGUCCCUGCCCCCGGCCGUCCCGGGGAACACCGGCCUGUGGGACCAGCGACUGGCGAUGUGCUGGCUGUGUAAGAACGCAGCUGCCUUCAGUGGAGACCCAGCCAGCUUCCUCCUUUUCGGCCUGGGCACUGGGGCUGCAUCACUUAGCUUCCACCACCUCUCCCCAGGAAGCCGGCCCCUCUUCACCCACGCAGCGCUGCAGAGCAGAGCCCCAAACGCACCAUGGGCUUGGAUUUCACUCAAAGAGGCCCAAGAGAGAGGCCAGAGGCUGGGCCAUCUGCUGGGCUGCGGAGACACGGCCCUGGUGGGCUGCCUGCAGGGGAAGGAAGCAAGGGAGUUCCCCAAACACCAGUUCUCUGUGUUGCUCCACAAGGACCUGCUGGCGUUCCCCUUUGUGCCGACACCAGACUGGGAUUUCCUCCCUGAUACACCACCAAGACUCCUGCAGGCCAGACACAACCAGCCUAUGCCCAUCGUGGCCGGUUUCACCGCCAAUGAAGGCUCCUACAUGCUUAUCUAUGGUGCUCCCAACCUCAACCUGGAGAACGCCAGCAAUGUUGGCUGGGAGGAGCUGCUGCAGGUGGUGAGGCUGAUGGUGCCAGAAGCCCCAGAAUUGGCCAUCCGAGCCGUGGCAGAGCGGUACUGCAAGGAAGGGGAGGGGCAGGGCGAGGCACGAGACCGAUGGGCCAUGGAUCAAAUUGCUGGCGACUACCCUUUUGUGUGCCCGGUAGCCGAGGUGGCUAGGCGAGAGGCAGAGGCCCGAAGUCCUGUGUACGCCUACUACUUCACCCACCGCACGAGCGGCUUAUCUACACCUGAGUGGACAGGGGUGCCAUACGGCUCUGGGCUGCCCUACCUGUUCGGGACCCUGGCGUCCGUGGGAGAAGCCAACCACACACACACGGAGGCCGAGGCAACGAUGAGCCAAACGAUGAUGCAGUACUGCGGGAAGUUUGCCGGGAGCAAGUAA